GACGAUAACACUGUAACAUCAGCAGAUUCGGGAGAGUACGAUUACAAAGUGUGGCAGGGGCAUAUGCUGCAGUGGGAUUGCCCAUUAUGCCAGCUACAUCCGUCCUUUGAUACCCGAGAGAUGUUACGGUUCCAUCUUCAAUGCGACCAUGCCGAGGUUCAAGUUUUGUGGAGAGGGAUCGAGCGGAAUGGCAAACAGACGUGGCAGAUUGUGCUCACCGUGUCGGAUAUAGAUGACGGUGAUUCAUCUGAAGAUGAGGAAGAUGAUGAAAGCGACUUGGAUAGCCAAGUUCCUGGACAGGUGCCUCUCAAAGAAGAAGACGAAGAGGACGAACUCGAUGAACUACUUUCAACUCCGUCGCGGACGCCACGUCCAACGCCGUCGUCAGCUGCGGAGGUGGAUGAGGUGGAUGAGGCACUGCGCAUGUCUGGUUCAAUCUCCGUCGCGUCUCCUCUGCCUAUGAUCCAGCCAGAAUUACUCUCUCCUGAACCCCCGGUGUUCAUUCCCAAGAAAUUCCGGGCAGAAUCGCCCACUCCAGCCACCGCCCCUCGAGCGCGAAGAAUUGUACAGCCAUCGAGAGGCUCGCUGCCAGAACGUUACCCGACUCCUCCCCCGCCUGACGAUCUGCUGGGCCCGUCCGCUCAGUACCCAUAUCUCCUGGAUGGGGCGAAUGCCGAGGAGUACUACUCUUGUAGGCCAGGUGGGUCACGAAUAUACGACCUUCUGAACGCAUUGUCGCUCGAGCCGUUCGGGGUGCUCUCGUGGGUUAUCGUGGAUAGGGAAGAAGAGCUCUUUGAGAUGGACGAUAUCCGGGAUGAGAACAAAGUGAUGAUGGCUCUUUGGAACAAAUGGAUCAUGCUAAACAGGACUGAGUUCAUCAUGGAACCUUACCGCGAUAGCAUCGUUAAGUUCGUCGAUCAAUACUGGCGAAUGAUCCACCGCGCUGCAGGGUGGGCCGCGCUCCGAUCUUUCCUCCUUAUGCUGGCUGCCAACAGGUUCCUCAAGGCGUCGGAGAUCGUCGAAAUUCUGAAACACUACGAAACUUACACGGGGAUGGAUCAGUGGUAUAAAGAUCAUGACGCUGAGGCGUGAACCAAGUUUGUACGGCCUGCU